AUGGGCAAAGAGAAACAAAACUUCACACUUUAUGCAAAAAAACGCUUUAUAAAAACUUUGCUCGAAUAUCAAUUAAAAAAUACUCAUAAGAGGCAUUAUUUGCGGCGAAUGGCGUUAUAUAAAUACAAAAACACGCCUUGCUUCCUCGAGAAGUUAUGUUUUCAUUAA